UUGUCCUUCUUCCUAUUGUUCUUAUGCAAGUUCUGAAUUAAUGUUUUCUGAAGAAGAAACAGAAACGAAUAAAGAAAAAGGAGAAGAAGAGACAAUGGAAAAUAGAAUUAGUAUUGCUCAAAGAAUGGCAAAAAUGAGUAGGAAAAUUGAUAAAUGGUUAAAAAGUUUGGAUGUUGAUGAAGAAGAGAAGGUGGAGGAGGAAGAAAAUUUUGAGAAAAUCCCCAAAUCUCCAUCAUUUGUAGUUGAACAAUCAUUAAAUGAAAAUUCAAUUCUCGCCGCUUAUUUAGAUACUUUAUCUUUGUGUAUUAGUGUUAGUGCUAUAGAACAAUGCUCGAUAACAUUUUCACAAAUUGUUGAAAAAUUUUCAAGAAAUGAAGCAGCAGAUAUUGUUUAUUUUGCAAUAAAAGAGUUUAUGACAAAAGAAAGAUUCCUUCCACAUUUUUCAACGGAAGAUGAUAACAGCAGCAGUUCCUUAUCGGCGAAUAAUUGUUAUAUAAUUUUGGUUGAUGAAGAAAAACAAAAACAGAGUGAAAAUCUCAAUGAUAAUUAUGAAUCUACUAAAACAAAUGACACGAAUAAUAAAAAUGAAAAGUGUAGACCCUUAAUUCCAAUGAUUACAAUUGAUUUACCAGAAGAGGAGGAAGAAGAAGAAAUAAUUGAGGAAAGCAUCUUAAAUGAAGAUUUAAAUAAGGAAGAACAGAAUUAUGAAGAAAAUACUCAAGCAGUACUUACAGAAGUUGGGGAAGUACAUGAAGAAAGCGAUAAUUCUGGUCAAACUUCUGGCGCAGAUACGGAAGGACCUAGUUCUUUUGAAGAAGAAGAAUAUAUCGAAAGACAAAUUACUUUAGUUGAGGUUCAUGAGGGAGAAUAUGAUGAUUUGAAAGAAGAAAUGAGUGAAACUUUGGCUGAAAAUAAAGCAAUAGAAAUAUCGGGUUGUUUAUCUAGUGAAGAAAGUCGGCAUUCUUUAAAGGAUAAAAAAUUUGACGAAAUUGGGGAAAAUCAAAAAGAAGAAAAACAAUCUUGUUCAACACCAACCACAAGUUCAAGCAGUACAUCCCUCGCAGAUACACCCGUUUCUUCACUUUCUAUUCAAGAUAUCAUCGAAAAAGUAAUUAAAGAAGAGAUUGGAGAUGAAAAAAUUAAAGAAGAAGAAGAAGGGCAUCUUCCAUUUAAAGGUGUUGAUGACUUAGAAGAGGAAAUUAAACAAAACCAAAAGAAUUUACCUUGUAUUUCUUUAAUUUCUGAAAAUAUUUUUGAAUUUAAAAAUCAGAAAGAAUGUGAAUGUAAUUUUGUAUUAAAAAAAGAAGAAAAAGAGGAAAUAAUUGGAGAAUUUAUAAAAGAAAAAGAAUUAAUAUUUGAAGAGAAACAAGAAUUAAAAGAAAUUGAACAAAAACAGCAAACAAAUAAAGAAGAUGAUUUAACUGAUUGGUUAAGUCAAUUAGUUGCUGAAGGAACUGAAAAUUGUGUUGAAACAUCUAAAGUAGAAGAAUUUGUUAUUGAAGACGGAGAAAAUGAUUUGUGGAGUAUGGACAAUAACAAAAUUGAGCAUUUAGUUAAAGAAAACGAAAUUGAUGAAACGACAAACAUUUUUCCAACAGAAUUAAAACAAAUAGAAGGGGAUGCAUUGGAAAAUUCUUUUUCUUCAUCUUCUAGCGUUGAUACUUCUCUUAAUUUAAAGUCAAAAGAACAAUUAAAUGAAGGAGACGACAAUAUACUAUCCUUAAAAGAAGAAGAAAAAGAAGAAGAUUCUUUUAAAGAAAAAGAAGAGGAUUUAAUUCCAUUUAAUAUAAAUCAGGUUGUUUCUGUUGUAAUACAACCACCUUCCCCUCCACCACGACCUCCACUACCUAAUUUAAUGUUAAAACAACAAACUGAAGAAAUUUUUGAAGAAAAUGAAUGGCAAGAAAAGGAAAAGGUUUUAAGCAAUAUAUCAAAUAUAGAAACUGAAAUUUCUGGAAAUAUUGAGGAGGAUAGAAUAGAAGAACAAAUUAAUAAACAUAAUGACAAUAAAAUUGAAACUGAAGAAGGGAAAGGAAGAAAUAAUUCAUUAACGAGAAGUUCAAGCAGUACAUCCAGUGCAGAUACACACAUUUCUUUAAAUGAAAGUGUAGAUGAAGAUAAUAAAAUAUUAGAUGAUGAUAAGCUGAUAAAAAAUGAAGAAUUUGUAAAUGAAGAGAUGAAAUCUGAAAUUGAAGAGUCCCCCAUUUCUUCUUCAAAAGAGGAAAGAGAAGAAAUUAAAAUAAAUGAAAAAAAAAAUUCAACCCCUUCUUCUGGAAGAACGUCAGAGGCGGACAAUAAUAGUUUAUUACUUUCUUCUGAAAAAAAUUUGGAAGAAGAAAACAAAAAUAAUAGUUCUAGUAUAUCUUCUGGCAAAACAUCCUCUGCAGAUUCUUUGUCUUCUUUAAAUUCCAUUUCAUCUGCCACUUCUAAGGAAUUAAUUAAAGUUAAAUUAAACGAGGAAAUUGAGGGCGGACCUUUAACUUCUACCAAUUUUGAGGGUAAUUUAACUAAAGAAGAAAUUGAACAUAUUGAAAGAAUUAAUAAAUUAGCUGAAAUGGAAGGGGGUAAAAUUGAAUUUAUGGAAAUUGGUACGAAUAAGUCUGAUCAACAAUUUAAUAAAAACAAUGAGAAUACUUUAAUAACUGAAACUAAUAAAUUAAUUUCUGAUGAAAAGGAAGAAUUAAAAUUUCCAAAAUUUCCUUUUCAACAAUUUAAUGAAGAUUUAAAUAAAUUAACUGAAGAAGAAAGUAAACAAAUAAAUUUAUUAGAAAAUCAAGAUAACAAACAAAAAGAUGAAAAUAUACUAUUAGAUGAAUUAACAAUUGAAGAAAAAGAACAUAUUAGAAGAAUAGAAUUAUUGGCAGCUAAAGAAUUUAAUAAGCAAGAAUUUUUAGAAGAAGACAAGCAAAAUUCUAAAGAAUUUUUUCAAAUUGAAGAAAAUCCUCAAAAUUUUCAAGAAACUAUUUUUGACCCUUCAAUAGAUCAAAAUAAAGACCAAACAGUUGUUGGUUUAACUUUUGAAGAAUUAGAACAUAUUCAAAAUGUUCUUCGUUUGGCUGAAGAAAGUGGCUCUUUUGAUGUAAAUUUAAAUAUUACUGGAAGGAAUGGAAAGGAAAUAAAUUCAAAAAUGGAGUCAAAACCUCCUCAACAAAGCCCUUCGUCUCAUAAAACCUCAUCUUCUAGUGAAACUUCUGGAGCAGAUGACAAAAGUCUUGAAAAACAAUUUUCUGAGACUGUAGAGGAAGAAAAUAAUUUAAAUGGAAGAGUAGAGGAAGAAGGAGGGGAAGAAGGGAAUAAUCAAAAAGAUGAGGAAAAUGUUAAUGAUGAAAUUAAUGAAGAAGAGGAAGAAAAAUUACAGAAAUUAAAAAUUAAUGAAUUAUUUGCAAUAAAACAAAAAGAAAAAAUAUUUUAUCCAUCAUUUUUUGUUGAUCAACAAGAAAUUCAUGAAAAACAAGAAGAAAUUGCUGUUCAAAGGGAAUGGAGUAAAAUAAGGCAAUUAACUUUAGAUUCUGAUGAAAAACCAGAAAUUCCUUUUUGGGCAAAAAAUAUAAUGGAAAAAAUUAUUGAAAAACAAAAAAUGAAGAAAAGCAAUGAAAUUAUUGAAAAUAUUAAAGAAAAUGAAGGGGAGGAUGAGGAAAGGAAGGAAAAAAUAAAUAAAUAUGAAGAAGAAAAAAUUGAAGAAUUUAAAGAGGAAAAAAUUGAGGGUUUUAAAGAAAAGGACAUAUCCGAAGCAGAAAAACAACACUCAUCACAUUCUUCUCCUUCUACCUCCAGCGGAAGAACAUCAUUGGCUGAUUCUUCCGUUUCUGUAUCAUCAAAAUGGGAGGGAGAACCAUUUAGUGGAGAUUUACCUGAAAAAGAAGAAUCAGAAUCUUUUGAAAAUUUAAAUAUAGAAGAAAAAGAAACAAAUAAAAAUAAUAAUUUGCAAUUAACUAAAGAAGAAUUAGAACAUAUUGCUGCUAUAGAAAAACUCGCUAAUGAAGAAGGAAAUUUACAAGAAUAUUUAAUUAAUAAAGAAAAUGAAAAUUCUAAUUUUGAUGAAAUUAACCGUGAAAUGUCAGUUAAUACAUUGGCAACAUCUGAUGCAGAUACAGUUUUGACAAUUUCAAGUAUUUCCAAUAAACAACCAGAACAAAUUGAAAGUGAGGAGGAUAUUGGAAUUGAGAAUUUUACUGCCCAAAAAAUAUGUGAAGAUACUAAAGUUUUUACUCAGAUUAAAGAGAAGAUAAAUGUAGUUGAGGAAGAAGAAAAACAAUUGGAUGAACAAUUGGAUUUGAACAUUUUUCCUCAAGAGUAUUCCGAUGGGAUAAAUCAAAUAGGAGAGGACAAUAAUAAUUUGGAUUAUUUUGAUUGGAAUAAAGUAAUUGAUGGAAGUGAACUUUCUGAAUUUAAUCAAAAUGAAGAGAUUACAGGACAAGAAAUUGUUGAAGAGGGGAUGGGAAAUUUGGAAAAAGAAUUUGUUGAAGAGAAAAGCGAGAAUGGAAGGAAUGAGUUUGUUGGAGAGGAAAUAGAGAAUAUUAAAUUGGGAGGAAUGAUGGAGAAGGAAGAUAAAAUGAUCGAAGAAAGGAAUGAAGAGGAGGGAUUUAAAGACGAUACUUUAAAUGAAAUUGAUGAGCAAAAUAUAAUUAAAUUAAUUGAUGGAAUUGAAACAAAAAUAAUUAAACAAUCUACUAAAUUAUUUGAUAAGCCUCAAUUUAGCGAUUCUUCAUCAAGUAGUACAACAUCUGGGGCUGAUUCAACACAUUCAUUUGCUGAACUUUAUACAACAAAUCAAGCUCUUUCAAUGAUGGAUUCCCCUCCACAAUUUGGAAAAGUUUCGGCACCACAACUUGAUGAAUUUAAGGAAAUAUUUAAGGAAGAGGAAUUUAAAUUAAAGGAAAAUGAUAAUGAGAAAUUGAAUGAGAAGUUUAAUAAAUCAAAUACAAGUAGUAGUAGUACAACAACAUCUGAGGCAGAUUCAAUUAAUUCCUCUAGAAUAUUUAAUGAAGACAACGAAAAAAUAAAUUUAGAAAAGGAAGAAAUAAAAGAAGAAGAAAAAUCAGAAUCCCCAAAGUCCUUAACUAGCAGCACUCCAACAUCUGGAGCAGAUUCAUUACGUUCAUCAAUAUUUUCUAAAAAUGAACAUAUUGAAUCUAUAGAAAUUCAAUCUUCUGGAAUAAAUAAAAAUUUACCAAAAGAAUUUGAAGGCCAAGAAUUUCUGUUAAAAUACCAAAUCCCCAAACAAAAAUCAGUUGGCCGUUGUUCGCUUCAAUAUGGCUCUAAAGCUGUUGAUGAAGUUUAUUUGGCAGGUAAACGUGCACGUCAAUCAUCAUUAACUUAUAUACCAAAAACAAUGGUUAACUACACAAAUAUGUUGGGUGGAAGCCGAUUUAUUUCUAAAACAACAAGUAUUUCUGAUCAAAGUUUGGAAAAGGAAGAAGAAAAAGGGGGAAUUAAAAUUGAAGAAAAUAAAAAAGAAAAGAAAAAAUUUUCUAAAAUAAAAAUUGUUUUUACUGAUCAAAAAUUGAGAGAAUCAUUUUGUGAAUCAUAUCUAGAAGAGAAGAGUAAGGAAGAAAGAGUGAAAGAAAAUGUUGAAGAAGAAGGAAGUGAACAAAUUUUGAUGGAAAAUAAAAAGAAAUUUGAUAAUGUUGAUUUUUUGAUUAAAUUAGAUUUUUAUGCUCAACGAUUGAGUGAAGAAAUAGCCGAAGAAGCUGUAAAAGAUAUUAAAGAAAUUGAACUUAUUAGAAAAAAUCCAAGAGCAGUUUAUUUUGAUGAUCAAUUUAAAGAAUAUUUGCUACAAGAAUGUGAAGAAGAGCAAGAGGAGGAGGAGGAAGAGGAGGAAGGAUUAGAGAAGAAAAAUAAUGAAAAAGAAAAAUUAAUUGAAGAAAUAGGAGAUUCUGUUGAAAAUGAUGAUUGGUGA